AAUAAAAAAUAGUUCGUGGGAGAUUUUGUUUUUAGCUUCUUACGUCAUAGUUAGACUGCUCACUAACUGCUGCCGCAGCGAAAGAAGAAGAGGCAGGAACCUGCUAAAAAUAGAGGACUUUCUCUCACGUAAAACAUGGCUGCACAAGGUUAUUAUCUGCUACUGUCUGUGUGUAUGUUGGGCUUUGUCUAUGUGGAAACAUCAUCAGACAGCCUGAGCACCUUGGACUUAUCAUUCUGCUAUGGUGGACUAGAGGUUAUCUAUCCAGAGCUGGACAUUGACAGAUGCCUUGUUAUCCCAAAGGAGGGGAACCUCCGAGAGAAACUCAGCAUAGAGUGGAGAGACCCACAGAUAUUCUACCCCGGAGCAAACAUGAACAAGACGUAUGUGUUGGUGAUGGUCGAUCCUGAUGCUCCUAGCCGCAGCAAUCCAAAAGCAGCUUAUUGGAGGCACUGGCUGGUCACUGACAUCCAGGGAGAAUCACUCAAGAAUGGGGAGGUGCAUGGAACCACCCUCACAGACUACCAUCCACCCACCCCAUCCCCGAUGACUGGUUUUCAUCGCUAUCAGUUUAUGGUCUUUGAGCAGCCUUCAGAUGUGAUGGUGUCCCUCACUGAUGAGGAGAAAUCUUCACGUGCGAGUUGGAAUCUUCAGGUCUUUGUCACCAGGUUCAACUUUGGAAGUCCUGUGGCUGCUCUGCAGUAUCUCACACAACACUACAAAGACUGAAACACCCAAAGAUGUCAAAGAUGAAAUGUGCCUUUUUAAUAAUGCCAAAUAAUCUCCUCUCUUCUGUACAAUACCAGUAAAGCAACAACAGUUCUUCAAAGCUUACUAUAAACCAUGCCUUCUUGCCCUUUAUCUUAUCACUAGAGUUAGAGUUUGUGUUAAACCAGCUGCCAGGGUCUGAUGCUGCCCCUGUGUCUGUCACAUGGUCCCCAGGGAGCAGAUUGGGAGUUAGAUUUUGACCUCACAGGGGGAUUUUCUUAUUAGUUUCCAAACACCAUUAACUAGAAAGGAAGACAGUCUGAUAUCACAAAUUCAGUGUGGAAAGAGUUGAUUCUAAAUCAGGGGCGGAAACAACGUCAGGGCCAAAAAAAGGAAGUGGGAGGUGAAACCAAGACCGCAACACAGCCGGAUGCUGCAGUGGAACUUGAACCAAAAUACUCUUCAGAGUGACAGAAGGGGGAGGGGCCAAUGGGCCUGUGGUGUGUUGGGUAAAGGGAACUUACUGUUUGUGCAAUUGUUUUUCAUAUUUCCAUUGACCACUUUCACCCUGAUUGGAAACAAUGAGCUUCUUUUAGAUCAUUUAUCGAUUUUUUUUUCAGAAGUUAAAAACACUUCUGUGUAAAUGUUGUAAGUGUCCUUGAGUGUAACACUGGAGUGAUGAACCUGUUUUGAACUUUGGACAGUUGCAUAAGAUCUCCACCUGCUCAGUCUGUGGAGAAUGGUGUGUAAACUUCAACUUUUCAACCCUCUCACGAGGAGAUACUUUUCAGACUUGAUGUGUCUUUGUGCAGGGUGGGUCAGAGUACCCCCCAGGAGGCAUAUUGGUUUCUAACCAGCAACUCUCCUCUGAGAGUGGUUUGUAUCAAUAGCCCAGAUGUCUGAAAAAGGCUGGAUUUACAUCAGGGACUUUGAUGUUCUGAUGAUCAAUCUUUAGUUGCUGGUUUCAUUGACCCUAAUUUGGUGUCUCAUCAGUGGUCUAGGCUGGAGUAGGUAAUGGAGGGGUUUUUUGUUCCUUUGGUGGUUAAGCCAGCCUUGGUAAAACCGCUCAGGUGCCCUCUCCGUGAACUCUGGGAGAUCAUCGAUCACAUCGUCCUGCAUCUGCUUUGUUUGCCUGCCCGACUAAUAACAAAAAAGUAGCAAAGCAACGGGCUCCAGACAAACAAAAACAAUGCUCGUACACUCAUUCAGUCUUAGAGAUCACUGCUUCAGAACAAAAGUAAUUGUCAGUUGGAAAUAUGCUAAAUAUUGACCUGGAUUUAUCCACUUUUUUCUGAUCACAUUUUUAACCAUUGGCAAGUGGAGGAUAAUUCCACACACUCAUUGUGGAGUAUGCCAAGUGUGAGAGCAUUCUUCCAAAAAACCACCUACUUGAAUCCACCAGUACACCCUUUAGGAGCCAAAAUGUGUUCUUCCAGAUACACUGUGCAUUUUUACCUUCUUUAUAUCUUGGAGCUAUCCUGCCAAAACAGCUGUGUUUUGCCACUCACCUUCCUCGAACGUGUUUAUUUUUACUCUAAAUGUCAGGAGAGUUGAAAUAUUAUGAUUAAGAAAAACUGACAGCUGUAGUUCAGCGCAGCGCUGCACUUUAUUGCCUCCAAUGAAAAAAAGAUAAUAUUACUUUCUCACAUCCCUUGAUGAUAUGGCAAAGGCAUUUAAUAUUUUCUUAAUUUAUUCAAUCUCACAUUAAUUAAAAUGAAUUUGUAUAAUCAAUUCAAUCGCCUAACCGGCAGUAAGUGAUAUAAUAUGCAUGAUGUCUUGGGUCUCUCUUCAGCUGAACUGGUGCGAAAGAUUUAUUUUUUCCAAAAUGAAA